AUGAUCACGAUAACAACGAUGGCGAUGCUGAUGAUGAGGAAGAACAGGAAAGAAACUGAUAGCAUAAGAGGUUCACCAGCUGUGGAGCUCAUACAUGGAGUGAAGAUAUUACACAACUCGCAAUUCCUCGAGGAGCAAUUCAUAUUAGAGUUGAAGACACUUGGUAUAUUGAGACAUGUCAACUUACUGCCACUGCUGAAAUUUUGUAUCACAUCAAAAUAUAGGCUUCUGGUCUACAAAUAUAUGCCAAAUGGUAACCUAUAUAUGAUUGGCUACAUCCGAUGGAAGGUCAAACACAUGGAAUGGAUUGUGAGGCUUAAAGUUGCUAUCGGGUCUGAUUUUUCUGAGGCUAUCGAUAAGUCUCUGAUUGGGAAAGGGUUUGAUCCUGAGAUCUUUCUGGUUCUUAAAAUUGCAUGCAACUAUGUUGAUACCAUUCCAGAUCGAAGACCAACAAUGCUUCAAGUGUACAACGAUAUAGAAGCGAUAAGGGAGGAGAGAUGUGAGCAGGUUGAUGAGGCAGAGGUACUUAUGCUGCAUGAAAUUUUCCCUGCCACGUUUGAACGAAACUCUGUUGAGAUUCAAUUAGAGAAUGGGCUUUAA